AGUAACGCUAUCUUAGUCUCACACAGAGUUUGCUUGCUUCCUCAGUUCCUUCAGUUUGCUCUGAUUAAGCUCGAAAGCGCGAAAACUUCUUCAACCAACUUAGCCAUGAAGAGAGACAUCUUCGAAGACGAGCAGACCUUGGACUUGGUUAGCUGCUUGAUGCUGCUAUCCAAAGACGGCCAAAAUGAUGCAUCACCAAUCAAGAAACAUAAGACGUCAGAUCGUGCCUUUGUUUGCAAGACGUGUAACCGCGAGUUCUCUUCGUUCCAAGCCCUUGGAGGCCACAGAGCGAGUCACAACAAACCGAGACUAAUUGCCGGAAAUGGUACAUCAGACCUUUUACAGCUGGCGCAGUCAUCGCCGAACUUGCCGGCCAAGCCGAAGACCCACGAGUGCCCCAUCUGCGGUGUUGAAUUCGCAAUCGGGCAAGCACUUGGGGGUCACAUGAGGAGACACAGGGACGUUAUGACUUCUGCUGCUACUGAUCGGGGUCAGGCGGCAGCCGUGCCGGUGUUGAAGAAAUCAAAUAGUAGCAAAAGGGUGUCGUGCUUAAAUCUGGAGUUGAAUUUGGCACCACCGGGAUAUCAACGUCAUUAUGACUUGACGAAGUUGCAGUUGAUUGCUUGAGACUGAAUUAUAUAGAGUUGUACUUACGUUAUUAGGAUAGAUGUGGAUUUCUGUAGUCUCGAGAGUUCGAAACUAUUUGUAUAUCGAUACAGUUGAGAUGAUUGUAUUUGUUUCGCCUA